UCCUCACCUCUCCGCAAUAGAUAGGCGAGCAUCGGCGCAGCGACUUAAGCCUCCCACGAGAAGAGUCCCAUCACCACGUUCGCUGAUAUUGCGGUGAGGAGCGGCACCGCGGGCACGAGCACCAGGAUGAGGACUGCGAUAUUGGCUGUGAUGUUGGGCCUGGCGGUGGCUCAGGAUUCCCAUCGAGGACGACCAUUCCAUAACCCGAACCAAGCCUUCCAGCAGCAGCAGCAACAACAACAACAACAAAACCAGAAUUUGGAUAAUGGACAAUAUCAGGAGCAGCGUAAUCAGUAUCAGGAACAAUCUUCAGGUCCGAUCGACAGACGCUCCACUACCACUCCCAUUCCCAUCAUCCAGUGGAAUAAGCAACAAGAGCACGACGGAACUUACCGCACCAGUUAUGAGACGGGCAACAACAUAAUCGCCGAGGAGAGCGGAUACAUAAAGACGGUGGGCGAAGGCGAGGACCAGGGCGAGGCCCUCGUCCAGCAAGGCAGCUAUUCCUACACGAGCCCCGAGGGUCAACUCAUCACCAUCCACUACACAGCCGAUGAAACGGGCUUCCACGCAUCCGGUGAUCACAUUCCCACGCCACCUCCCGUCAGCGAGGAGAUCCAGAAGGGGCUGGACCUCAUCUACGCGGGCAUCCGGCAGCAGCAGGAAGCAGCAGCCCGGGAAGCAGCCCAAAAGGGCAAUCAGCCCUUGAAUCAGCAAAUCGACAGGCGGGAUGAUUCCGGCAAAUAUCGUCCUUAGUUAUCCGGCGCUCGACCAACUGAUUCAAUCGUCCAAAUAACGAAAGUGAAUAUCUCCAUCAUCUUCUUCUCCUCAUCUGAACUAUCAUAGCUUUAGAUUGUCAGCUAGUUAUAUUGAAUAAAUAACGGAAAAUGUAUUCGCUGAUUGAGCAACUAUAUAGUAAUGCAUUUUAUAUGAUGUAUAUCUGUAUGUUAUUUGUAUAAUAAUCUCAUGUAAUGCGCGUAGUCAGUGAUUAUUCGGGUGAAAUUUUAAUUUCUUUUCACUUUAAUAAUACGAAAUAAUAGGAAAUAUGAAAUGACUAUAUUUAUUAUAUUUUCUUACAAAAUUUGUUUGUGGCAAAUGCUUAUUGUUCAAUUACGAUGCCAUGUUUAAGACUAAGAAAACAAUAAAUAAAUUUUGAUAAAGCAAAUUUGACGACUUUGUUUUGUCCUA